CACACACACACACACCUGCACUCUCUCACAUACACACACUCAUCCCUCUACACAAUGAUGCAUACAUAUACACAAACUAUAUACACAGGUCUGCCGCAGCGCAUCUCAAUAGGAGUAACUGAAAACUGACUGGGCAUUUUCAAUGUUUUCCGUCUCUCUACUGAAAGGAUAUGUAAGAGUGGAAAUAAUGAAUGCAAACAGACUGCCUGAACAAGAUGACAGCUCAGCACAAAAAUACCCUUCCAAAGGGGGAAGGUGAAGACAUGAGAGCCAAACUACAGCUGAGAGAAAAGAGGAUGAAAACUAUGGUUAACAGAAGAAGGACUGCUCCCUCAGCCACUACCAAAGCCCUCAGUAAAUCACGAAACCAGUCAAGUUUCAACAAGGAAAGUCCUUAUACCUCUCCCACUAAUGGCUCCUUCGUGUAUCCCCUUAACAACCAGAAUUCACUUUUCAUUAUGGAUGAUCAGGUACAAAUUUCCAAGGGUUUACGAUCCCAGGAAAGACAUAUACUUCUCUUCAGUGACAAACUGGUCAUUGCCAAGUCAAAAUCUUCAUCCAGUCUAAAGGUGAAGAAACAGGUAGCGCUAUGUGAGAUGUGGAUUGCUACCUGUGUCGAUAAAGUCUCAGAGAAGAAAACGAGUUCUGAAAAUUCAUUUCUUAUUGGCUGGCCAACAACUAACUGUGUCAUCACAUUCAGUACAUCGGAAGCAAAGGAGAAAUGGUUUUCAGCUCUUCAGUGGCAAAUCAGUGAAAUGAAACGUGAUGAAUAUCCUAAGAAAAUGGCAAUAAACAUUUUGCUCUUUGAUGAAACAGAUGGCUCAUCUGUUGUAACAGUGAUGGCAAACAACACAGACACUGCAGAUACACUGGCUGAAAUUGCAGCACAGAAUCUUAGAAUUACGGGCAGGGCAGCUGACUACCACCUGUGUGUGAUAUCUGGAAAGGAAGAAGUUACCUACCCCCUCAUUGGUCAUGAGUAUCCCUUCAGUAUCAUUAUGAAUUGUUUACGAGAUGGUAGUGACCUAUUACAAGGAAGCAACAAUAACAACCUUUCAGAAUACAGUGAUAUGACCUUCCUCAUGGAACAGUUGCCAAAGGACAGACAGUGCCAAUUCAUCCUAAAACCCCGACCACCACCACCACUACAACUAAGGCAAGACACAACCUCAAAGCAUUUCAAAAGGAAGAAGUCAUUGAUUGACUGGGCUUUCCGACGCAGUACCAGUGUUCCCACACCAGGAUCAGUUCCAGAUUCUCCAACAACUCCACAAAAGCUGUUUGGUCUCUCACUGUCCUCAGUCUGUCAAAAUGGAAUACUUCCCAAACCAAUCAUGGACAUGUUGUUACUGCUCUAUCAUGAUGGGCCCUCAACCAAAGGCAUUUUCAGGCGGUCAGCCAAUGCAAAGACCUGUAAAGAACUAAAAGAGAAGCUGAAUUCUGGGAAUGAUGUGCAGAUGGAUGGAGAGUCCGUGUUUGUAGCAGCUGCUGUCAUCACGGAUUUUCUGCGAAAUAUACCAGACAGUAUUCUUUCUUCACAAAUGUAUGAACUAUGGAUGGAAGCCAUGGAGACAGAAAAUACUGAAGAAAAGCUAGGGACUAUAAAAAGGCUUGUGCAGCAACUGCCAGAUGCCAAUUUUAUUCUCCUUCGUCACCUUUUUGGAGUUCUGUACCACAUUGAGAAGAAUUCUGAAGAAAAUCAAAUGACAGCUUCCAACCUGGCACUUUGCAUUGCUCCCAACAUGCUGUGGCUCCCAUCUCCAACAGGCCCUGAGCAAGAGAGCAAGUCCACAAGAAAAGUUGCCAUGCUUGUACAGUUCCUAAUCGAAAAGUCUCCACAGAUCUUUGGGGCAGACACAGCAUCACUAUUUAGCAGACUGAAUGAAGAACAGCAAAGGAAUGUGGAAGCUUUAUUAGAUAUGGAUUUAAUACAAACUCCAGACUCAUCUGAUGAGCUUGAGUCAGCAUUUUCCUAUCAGGAAAGACGAAAGUAUCAUAGGAUAAGAGAGCUUAAACCAUUCUUUGGCACUCAAAAUGAACGUAGAGUUGAUGAGCAGAAGGAAAGCUGGGAUUUGUUUGACGAGACAUGCACUUCUUUCAGUACUAAGGCUGAAAACAAUGAUAGUGCUGAUAGCUGUGAAAACUUAGACUAUGAAUCAUUUUAUGCCAGUGGAUCUAUUUGCUCAUUUGAGGAAGCUCACAGUACUGAACCAUCACGUGAUCGCUGCUCUUCUGAACCCAGUGUGUGCUUGCGAUCUCGCCUUGCUGCCCAGGUCCAUGAGCCAGUCACUAGACAAGUCAGUUACGAUACUGCUUUAACUCAUAGUAGUACUGACUAUCUGCUACAAUUAAAGAAGCUACAACUAGAGGGCCAAACCCUGACAAAAGAGGCUGAAAGUCCUAAGCAAUACGGCAACAAAUACAGUGUUUGGAGGUCACCUCAGAUUAAUUCCAGAAUGAAGCAUGUUUCUUCACAAAAAGUUAGCCUAUCCAAUCGAUCAAGUUUCUCGAGUCUAUCUUCUACAACCACAUCAGCUUCCUCAAUAAGCUCACUGGACAGUGCAAUGUCAUACUGUUCCGAUUCUCCUGUGUUCAGUCCACGUGAUGUUUCAUCAUUGCCUUUCAUGUUUGGCACCUCAGCAAGGUUGAAUACAAUGUCUUCAGAGAACAGCAAGUAUUCUAGGGAGUGGAGUAUAACCACAUCAAAUACAGCUUGUUCAGACCAAAUGAGUGAGUCAUAUGAUAACAGUGAGGGAAGCAGUGAUGGUGUGCAACAGCAGAAGAACCUCAAUCAAAUGUCUAUGUCUUAUGCAAAGGCACAUUCAAAUGAAAGGGGUCAUAAACAGGGCGAAGACAAACUCAGUUAUGAAAACGACUCAGAAGAGGAUGUUAGAAAACAUGCAAGCUAUUCAGAAACAUUGGAAAAGCAAUUUAUUCAGCAUUCACAGCUUGACAACAGGGGCCACGCAGAUGAAAUCCAUGGGUGCAACAACACAUCCAUGGUGCAUGUAGACAAAGGAGGAAAGGAAGUCACUCCCACAAAUAAAGAACCGAUAAAACGCACAAAGAUAACUUUCUACAUGACACCAAGUAAGGUAACUAUGAGAUCUCAGUCUGAAAAUAAGAAUAGUGGUGUCUCCGUAAGUAUUUCUAGGCAGCUUAAUGCUCUUGGAGAGAAUCAAAAUAAGUGCUCCGUGCAAACAUCAAAGCUGCAUAUACCACAGACUGUAUUUUAUGGACAGAAUACCCCAUUGGUUCUACAGUCUGCUGCAAGAAAGUGUUAUGAAGGUUCAGGCUCUCAAGUGGACAAUGAAAUGAAAAACACAAACAAAAGUAGAUCCUCUUAUGAAAAGCUAGUAGACGGCUCUGGACAGGCAACAUCUGCAAAGAGCCACAGUAGAACAGUUAGUGCUGUAAAACAUACUGUACAAAUAGUGUUACCAACGUCUGUGCGAAACACAGUGAAGGAAUACUUCAUACAAAGUGAUGCCAAGAGCUGCCAGGUCAAUACCAGAGCAGUGGAAAAGGAGUUACUGAGAAGUAAAAUGGAAUGGCACAACAAACGAUGCACUGAAACAUCCAGUGGAAAGCAGGAUAAUAUUACAUUUGCUGAAGAAUCAUUUGUCUGAAGGUGUAAACUCCUGUUCAAUAAUUUAUUAAUACUAUGCAUUGCUUCAAAAUGUGUAUACUUGACAAUGUUUUGUAACUUUUUUUAUCUUCUAACCAGAGAGGUUGUAUGAAACUAAUGCAACUGUAAAAUGAGACGCAGAACUGCUUUUUAUAUACGUAUUUAGUGCUAUAUAUUAUAAAUAACUAUAUAUAUUAGAGUUUCAUGUUUUGUACAGUGAACAAAACAAUCAACCACUGACAUUUCUCGUGACUUUUUGUUUUGCUUCCUGCCACAAGUGCUAAGGCACAUUUGUGUGUCUUCCGGUCAAAAGCAGAAAACUUGCAGUUUUUCAAGUGCAACAUAUUGGUUGGCCAUUUUGGGUGUAAACACUUUUAUAUAUUUUAUAUAUUUUCAUUCAUACUCCCUGGUGCCAAAUGUUUCAAUUUCAAUGUAUUCUUGAUCUUUGGAAGGAAGAAUUUGCAGAGGUGUCCUUUAGAACCAUCCUUCCCCAUUCUGCAAUGCCACUGCUGACCUUUCCUAGCUUAAUAGGUGUAGAAAACUCAUUACUUUUGCUGAACAGCAACAAAAUAGCUAAACAGCAAAGCAUUGUCGGUGUAAGGGCAUCAACUCCAGUUGUAAGCAGUAAUUCUGAUAUGAAAUCAACAGCAGUGUGUCAUGAAACAGCAUGUAUUGUAUUGUUUUGACCACAUCCUGCUAGAAAAUGGUGAGUACAUUAGAUUCCCAUUGGCUAACUCUGUUGUGUUGGUGUGCUACAGACAUCAUAGAAACAUCAUAAUUCUGGGUAUAUUAUGACAUGCAUGUGUUUUGAAUCGUCUUAAGUGAGCUCACUGCUGAAUAUACCAAAGAUCAGCCUUUUAAUAAAAAGGUCAUAAUAACAUCAAUGAUAUGACAUCCUAAUCCUUUGAUGUUUCAUGUUGAAUUAGAAGUAGCAGACAAUAUCCUGGUUAAUAAUGUAUUAUGCAAAAUGAAAUAGAAGUAACAUAUCACAGCUAUGGCCCAUGUCCAUAACUGUAAACUUAUUUUCUUUCUGGCUGGGGCGAGACAUCUCAAAACCAUUUCCUCUGUGGCAUAGUUUUCCAUAAGUUGCUAUGCAUUUUAAUUUGCAGUCAUUAACAUUUUCACUUGAAAUGCAGCAGUGUAUCAUUCAGUUAUACAGCUAGGUUGUGUGUGAUACAUUAACCUAUCAGUUGCCUGGGGUACUGUUACUUUUCCAUGCAUAGAAACUUUUGUUUUAUGCGUUUUAUUUUCUUCAGCAAGAAGGGGGAGUGAAUUAUGGGUCUUUUUAUAUCCAUGACCAGCUUACAAUAAAAAUGUGGAAGCUACGUAUCAUACAAAGUUAUGACAAGUAAAUGAAGAACUUCACUAUAAUUUCAUUGAUAAAAAGAUGCAUCAAAGCAGUUAAAAUAUUCUAGUGGUAAAAGACAGAUUAAAUAGGAUAACUUAUGUAAUCACAAAUAGGAAUGAAAAAAUUGAAGGAACAAGUGUAAACAAAUAAUAGAUUUCAGGUAACAGAAACCAAUAUAAAUCCACUAACAUCAGAGCAAAAAUACUGAACACAAAUAUUUAAAAAUCUGUAAAACAAAAACAUUUUUUUCAAGGAGGCAAGUCACUCUGCACCUCCCAUGUGGAAGCUUCACAAAACAACCCCUUCUUAAAUAUAUUAAGUCCAUGGAAUAAGGACAAACACUCAAGAAAGUACAUUUUUUCCCAUAAUUCAUUUUUUUUGUACUCUGUUACAAACACACACAUCAAACAUAAAACCAAGCAUAUGAUUUCUAGUAAAAUGCAAAUUCAUCCAUAAAAUAUGUUAAAAUAAAACCAAAAAUGUACCAUAACAACACUGAAACAAAACUUCAGUGAACAAUUCUGCAAACAGUGGUAACCCAAUUAAUUAAAUAUGAUCUCAACAUCCCCUUUCCAUUAACCGAGCAUUUCUUUAAAGUGUUCUUAAUAACACUACAUGUUCACAGUACGUAAACUGUGAAAUGUUUUAUUAAAGGAGCUGGUUCUUUUUGGAGUAUAUGACACCAUGUUGUAUUUCUCAAUAUAUGUAAGUAGAGAAUGAUGUAAAUCAACUUAAAGUACACCUAUCAGUUCUGGUUUAAAAACUGGGAUACAGAGUUCUAUCUACAAGAAUCCAGUAUUUAAAGAACACAAGAGUAAUACUUUAUGUCUGCCUCAGAGUAACAUGAUUUUAAUUCAAACAAGUUCCCUCAGUGUCCAUAACUUUCAAAACAACUAUGACAAUUUGUCGAUGAAUUUGACUGUUUAUUAGACUAUCAAAUUUUCAAAUACAACAAUCAUUUAUUGUUAGCCUACCAACCUUUCAACAAGUUAUGGUUAUCCUAUGUAAAAAAUAAAUAAAUAAAUAAAUAAAAGAUGCAUGCUUUGGGACAAUUUGUUGGUAUAAAACAUUAUAGGAGGUUUUACUUUUACUGAUCAGAAUUAUUUGCAGUGCUUUUGAGGUGCUUUAGGUUCUGGAGUUAUUGUCCAGACACUGCACUAUGAUUGCUUUGAUAACUCUUGAAAUAAAUACAUAUUAAAGAAAACACAAUCAUUUGCUGGACAAAAAAAUCAUAGAGCUAUAGGACUUUCUGCUCACUGAAUGUUAUUAUCCCAUCAUUUCUAUGAAUGAAAAAUUAGUGAGUUGUGACUUGACUAAAAGAAAUGGGCUAGCAAGUCUUACUCGGGUGUUUUCUAAAACCCUGGAGUGAAUUAAUUAAGAUAUGUUUAUUCAGAGAGUAUUUUUCCCCAGUCAGUCACAGUCUGCUGAAACAGCACUGUGGGACUUGUUUUAACAUGAUGGUCCUUAUAUUAACUGCAAAGGGGGCUCUAAGUAUUAUUAAAUCACAGUUGCCAGUGCUGGGUUGCACAACUCAGAAGCAAAGAGCACGAGAAGAACUCCUUAUAAAAGGAUCUGUUUGAUAUUAAAUAAAGAGAAGUGGAUGUAAAGAACAAGAGAAUCAGAAUGCAAUAGUUUGGAGAUAAAUCUGUCUGCAGAAUGUUGUGAAUGUUUGUGAAGAGGAGACAUGCAGUUAGUGCAAUUAAAUUAAAUUAUUUCAGUUGUCGGUGGUUAGGAGAAUGGUUCAACUAAAUGAGUACAGCAAUGACCAUUUGAAAAUAUAUAAUUGCAGCGCAGAGCAAGUAUUCUCAUUUGGGUAUGAAUGAACAUCUGGAAUGUCCUCCAUUUGUUAGCUAUUACUUUUUGUAAAUUAAAUAAUUUAUUACAGAUUACUUUAUUUGUAUGGGUGUUAAAGUAUCACUGACCUAAAAUUAGAGUUAGUGAUUAACUAUGAAAGAAAUUUAACUGUCCGUUGACCACAUAAGCUUGAUAUUAAGCUUUCAAUGUCAGUUCAACUUUCUGUUUGUAGUGCUACAUUAUUUCAGAACCUGGACACUGUCCUUGUAGCUGGACUUCCACAGAUAUUAUGCUUGCUAUCCUAAUCACAUAGAGAGAACAAGAAAAACUGACCCUCUAUUGCCAGUUUCCUAUGGCUAACAAUCAUUGUCUAAAUCUUGCCUCUUAUCAUCUGGGGUGACAUGAUAGACAAAAGAAACCUUUAUCUAAUACCUGAACUGAUAUUUAUGCUUCUCUGUCUUCAUAGCAGAAGUAAACACAUUGUAUUCUGCCUUUUUAUGUUCUUCAAACAACAUAUAGCCAUACAAUUACACAUGUUGUCCUGCAUCUUCACUAAUGUAAUCAAUAAAGCAUCUGGCCAGUUUCACCUAUUGUGAUGAGUUCAUUUUUGUCUACGAUGGACAUGCCAUCUUGUCACCUGGAGGAGCCACACAAUAAAUAAAGCAGCUUACAGCUGCCAGUAUGCUGCUGUAGGAAUACUUGCAGACCACAACUUGAACAAGACACAAAACAGUGGUACAAAAAACAAAAUAAAUGUGUAUAUUGUGUGCAGAAACCCAAAAUCAGUUAAGAAAUUAACCAAAAUGUGAAAAACUAUUAUUAGGAGAGAAGGGGCGUUUACCUGCUGGUGUGGAAUCGUGUCCAUGUGUUCUGUUUCUGACUUUUUUUAAUUUCUACAAGUCUUUUAGGUUUAUAAUACCAUGAUGGGAAUGGACCCCAUUCCUAAGUCAAAGUAUGAUUAAAGUUCACGAAAUUAGUAUUCUUUCAAUCUUUAAUAUUAGCCAGAAAUGUUCUUUGCAGCAUCUGCAAUGUGCCCAGUAAUGACUCCUGCAAUUCGUACAGAGUUACCUAUAUUGGUAACACAUCCAAGAAGGAUUGUAAAUUUUAUUUUUUUAUAAGACCCAUUGCUCCUACUACUAUUGGAACUGUCUGGGUAUCCUUCUUCCACAUCACCCUCAUUUCUGCCUGCAAAUCCUAGUAU